GUCUUGAACUGUGACGAGGGCCUGGUGGCUAUGAACAAUGCGUCUGGUCACACAGUGUUGUGUCAGAAGCGCAAGCACAAGCGACAGUCUGCGAGGAUGACCCAGAAGCGACGCAAGCAUGCUGAGUAUGAUCCACUAGCCGACCCAAGCGCUGGUCAGCUGUAUCGUGGACUUUGAGGCAAAGCAAAGAAAAGCUGGGCUAUCUUAGUUCUACCCACUGAGGACCUUGGAGAGGUCGGCAUGUGCGGCACAAUGAAAUCUCUCGGCCUAAACAAGGCGAUACCGCCGUGUUAUAUCUAUGAUGAGCGAACAAUGGCGUUUAGUUGGGCGGGAGGGUACGAAGAUGGGGGUCCAACAACUGCGGAGCGCAAAUUUCCGGUUGCCUACUUCAACGGCUCAGGCUUUCCAGAAAAAAGUACCGUGGGAUGGUUGGGUGCUAAGGACCUUGCGCCACUCGAUGUAGGGAACUUGGACAGCGCUGGUAUCCCGCAUGCAGAGAUGGUACGUGGAUACCUUCGACAACGAAAUGCUGCUCCGGCAGCCGUGACGGACCUCGAAGUCUGCACUGCUUUCAUUAGUAAGUUUCAAAUAUCCUCACGCUGCUCUUUACUCAUGCCCUCCCUGCGCCGGACGCUUGGAAAACUGCAAACUGCUCCUCAUCCCCUGUCUUCCCGACGACGCGACAGCCAACGCCCGCAUCCAAGAUUGCGGAUGCAUCUACACCAACCAUCCCGAACCGACCAACGAUGCCCACCAUCAAGCCAUUGCAUCACCGAGCCAUGAUAUCCACAGCAUGCACAAGUCCCCGGGUCAAUCUUUGCUGGGUCCUGGGAAGGGGCAAGUUGAGGUCAUUGACUUGACAACGGAAGACUCUGAAUCAUCAACAGGGGGGAGCAGCCCCGUUCUCUCCCAUGCGUCCCCGA